UCGGCGCGUGCUGCCCUCGGGGGUCUCGCGCGCCUCCGGGACGGCCGCGCCUCCAUCGAGGCCACGCCCUCCUCCCCAAGGCGCGCGCUGCGCGUGCGAAAGAUCAACAGCUCCGGGGAUAGUGGGCUACGCGUGGGAUGGGAUGAGGGUCCCCGACGGUUUCACGCGGGACCUGUGGACACGGCUGAGGUGGCGGGGGUCGCACCGGGGACCUGCAGACAGCGCCCGGAGGUCGGGCGGGGGUGAGGGGCGCACACGGGACCUGCGCACUGCGUCUCGGGGGGCGCACUGAGCACCUGUUGGGAGCUGGGGGCCCGCUGGGGACCUGCAGACUCCGCCCGGGGAGGACGGGGUAGGGGACGCGCUCACGGCGGCGUGGUGUUUGCAGGUUUGUAUGCGCAAGGGGGAGGGCGAAGCGUGGCAGGAGGGCGAGGCGAGGGAAGGAGGGCGUGAGAAAGGAGGCGGCGGCGGCGCGGAGGAGGGUUAUCUAUACAUUUAAAACCAAACCGCCUGCGCCGCGCUGGGGAGACCUGGGGAGCGUCCGACCGCACGCGCGGGACACGAGCGCCCCACGCUCCCAGGCGCGCACGGCCUGCCACCUCUUGGCCCCCUGCGCCCCGCUCUCCUUGGGCCCCUGACGACCCGGGACGCGUACCUUGGCGAAUCGCUCCGCGGCACAACGCCCGGGGCCCUCUCGGGGUUGUAUCGUCCUCCCACCGACUCCCGUUCCUCUGUCCGCCCCACCUGCUGCGCGCGGGGACUCGGAGGAAUCGCGCGGCGAGUGGAUGCGGGCGCGAUGGACAGCGGCGCACCGCUCCGGCCCGCGCCCCCCGUGCCUGGUGUCUCCGGCGGCUGCGCCGCUCGGCGGCGACCCACAUCCCCACCACUGCUGCGCUGCAGCCGGCGGCGACGGCCGGGCGCAUCGGAGACCGGGGGCGGCGCGGCGGCUGUGGCGCGGCGCAACGAGCGCGAGCGCAACCGCGUGAAGCUGGUGAACUUGGGGUUCCAGGCGCUGCGGCAGCACGUGCCGCACGGCGGCGCCAGCAAGAAGCUGAGUAAGGUGGAGACACUGCGCUCAGCCGUGGAGUACAUCCGCGCGUUGCAAGGCCUGCUGGCGGAGCACGAUGCCGUGCGCGCCGCGCUGGCCGAGGGGCUGCUGGCACCAACAGCCGCGCGGCCCCCCGCAUCCAGCGGGCCUCCCGGGACCCCCGCCGCCGCCGCCGCCGCCUCGCCUUCCUGCGCCUCGUCGUCCCCGGGCCGCGGGGGCAGCUCGGAGCCCGGUUCGCCGCGCUCCGCCUACUCCUUGGACGACAGCGGCUGCGAGGGCGCGCUUAGCCCCGUGGAGCGCGAGCUGCUCGACUUCUCCAGCUGGUUAGGGGGCUACUGAGCGCCCUGUCCCCGAGCAGCCGAAGCCCUGGACACCAAGCGGCCAGCGCGCUCAUCACCUAGGAGCAAAGUGGGCCACCCGCGCCUCGGGCCCACCGUCCCUGCGGGCGAAGCCACCACCGAGCCUGGCCUCUACCGAGGGUCCCCCGUGCGGCCCAGCCUGACCAAGUGCCGCUAGGGAAACGGUCCCCGGCCUGAACCUGCCCCGCUGGCAGCGGCUUCCUCAGACCCAGACCACCCUUCCCCCAGAGGUUCUCCACCCGGAUGGGGCCAGGGCACCAACACCGAGAGUUUUGAACGGGAGAGGAUUUUAUAAAGGACACAGAACAGCGAUCUUUUACACAUUCAUUUGAACUGCCCAGGGAUACCGGUAAUAUGAAGACUUAUUUUUGUAUAAAAAAUUCCUUAGACUCUGAACACAAUAAAGAUUGUCUACCCCA